AUGGAGAAGAAGUUGAAAUCGGUGCAACUGAAAAGGCAUCAAGCGGUCGAAUUGGUGAAAAGUAUCGAACAGUUUACGAUCGGCUACAUCGAGGAAAAUGCCAGUGAAAUACCAGUGUGUUUGGAACAAUUAGAGAGGUAUUAUGAGGACUUCCUACAGGCAAAUGCAAAAGUGAAGGAACUCGAUGAGGAGGCCACAGAUGCGAGUUUCGGGACGAUCAGGUGCAGUGAAUUUGCGGCUUCAAAAAUCGAAUUGCCUACGUUCGAUGGCGAUGCCACCAAGUGGUUAACGUUCCGUGACCGAUUUGUGGCGAUGAUCGACAGUGCCAGUGAGAUACCGAACAUAAUGAAGCUGCAAUAUCUGCUGUCCUCGUUGAAGGGCGAGGUUGGUUUGCUUUUCGAGCACACCACGUUGACAGCAGACAAUUACGAGGUGACGUGGGCUGCCUUGCUGAAGCGGUACGACAAUCCGCGUACGCUGAUCCGGGAGUACUAUCGGAAGAUUCAUCACCUGCCGGCAGUGAGCUGUGACAACGUGGACGAUUUGGCGCUGCUCGUCGAUGAAUUCACGCGGCAUGUGAACGGUCUGAAGAAGCUCGACGAACCGGUGGACACCUGGGACACGCCACUCGCCAACCUGCUUCUGAUGAAGCUGGAUUCGUCGACCAUUCUGGCAUGGGAGAACCACUCAGCGCAACAUAAAAAAGAUAAGUACAAGGAAUUAGUAGACUUUUUGCAAGAUCGUGACGUACAGCAACGCCGUGAAGUAGCCACCCGUGAGUGA